GGACGGCUUGGAAAACUGCAAACUGCCUAGACGGACCUAACGCUGUGCUGGCAAUGGAUCCUCAAAAUGUAGUUGUGAUCCAGCCCCAGUUUUCAGCUGCCCAACAGCCAGGCCAGUGGCAGACUGGGUUGAUGGACUGCUGCUCCGACUGCGGCGUCUGUCUUUGUGGAAGCUUCUGCUACCUCUGCCUGGGGUUCCAGGUGGCUGGGGACAUGGAUGAGUGCUGCCUGUGUGGGGACAGCGUGGCCAUGAGGACCCUCUACCGCACCAGAUACAACAUCCCGGGCUCCAUUAUGAAAGACUUUUUGUCCAUCUGGUGCUGCCCCGUGUGCUCACUCUGCCAGCUGAAGAGAGACAUCAACCGCAGGAAGGAGCAGGGCAUAUUCUGGUAA